GAUGAAGGAGUUCACAGCAGAGUACAAAGGGAUGGUGUUGGUAUGUUUCGAGGGGGACAUAGACGGCUACAUCAACCUGGUGGCGUACCCGUACGUGGAGAGCGAGGGCCUGGACCACGAGGACCUACCGGAGAGGGACCAACCCCGGAGGAAACACUCCCGGCGCAGCCUCCUCCGCUCCACCUCCGAGAUCAAAGAGGAGAGGCUACCACACGAGAGUGACAGCACUGAGAAUCUCCAGGAGCUGAAGAGUCCUCGUCUAGAGCUCCAGAUCUACAGUGAUAUUCCCUUCCAGAUGCUGGAUAACAACAGCGAGCUGGGCUCAGAGAAGAUCAGCCACAACCCCUGGAGCCUCCGCUGUCACAGGCAGCAGCUCAGCCGCAUGAGAUCAGAGUCCAAGGACAGGAAGCUCUACAAGUUCCUGCUCCUGGAGAACGUGGUCCAUCACUUCAGCUACCCGUGCAUCCUGGACCUGAAGAUGGGUACGCGGCAGCACGGGGACGAUGCCUCGGAGGAGAAGGCAGCCAGGCAGAUGAAGAAGUGUGAACAGAGCACCUCCGCCACGCUGGGGGUGCGAGUCUGUGGAAUGCAGGUGUACCAGAUGGAUACGGGCCACUAUCUGUGCAGGAACAAGUACUACGGCCGCAGCCUGUCCAUUGAGGGAUUCCGCCACGCUCUCCACCAAUACCUGCACAACGGGGCGUCGCUCAGGAAGGACCUGUUUGAACCCAUGCUCUGUAAACUACGCAGCCUGAAGGCCGUUCUGGAGAAACAGACCACCUACCGCUUCUAUUCCUCCUCCCUGCUCAUCAUCUAUGAGGGGAAGGAACCUGAGCUGGCCCACGUCUGGCAGAAAGCACCACGGCUUGUACCACAGCCAGCCGCUGAGAUGCCCUCAGAGAAGGAGGAGGUGGUGCUGGUCAACCCAGGAGUAGGAACGGGUGUCCAGGGACCGGGUUUAGUAUUGGGUCUCCAAACGGUCCAGAGACCGAGCGAAGAACCCCUCCAGCUCCCCCAGGCUCUCCUACCACCACCACACUGCCCCCCCACCCCUCCACAGCCACAGCAGCCUCCCUCGGACCCUCACGGCCCCCCUCGUCUUCCACCCCGCCCCUCCAGCCCCAGCAUCAGUGUGGACGUCCGCAUGAUAGACUUUGCCCACAGCACCUUCAAAGGUUUCCGUGACGACCAGACGGUGCACGACGGGCCGGACCGAGGCUACGUGUUUGGAUUGGAGAGCCUCAUCAAGAUCCUGGAGGGCAUAAGGGAGGAGAACCUGUAGCGGUAGAACCUGGGACUGACACAUAGGAUGUGUCUCAAAUGGUAUCCCCCAUUCCCUUUAUAGUGCACCACUUUAGACCAGGUCCCACAGGUCUCUUUGACCAGGGCCCACAGGUCUCUUUGACCAGGGCCCACAGGGCUCUGACCAGGGCCCACAGGGCUCUUUGACCAGGGCCCACUUGUCUCUUUGACCAGGGGCCCACAGGGCUCUUUGACCAGGGGCCCACAGGGCUCUUUGACCAGGGGCCCACAGGGCUCUUUGACCAGGGCCCACAGGGCUCUUUGACCAGGGCCCACAGGGCUAUUUGACCAGGGCCCACUUGUCUCUUUGACCAGGGGCCCACAGGGCUCUUUGACCAGGGCCCACAGGGCUCGGGUCAAAAUAAGUGCACUAUGUAGGGAAUAGGGUGCCAUUUGGGACGUAUCGAUGGCCAUCUUUCAGGAGAAGAGAACCUGUAGCUGUAACCUGACACAUCUUCAUCCUGCGUCUUCAGAUCCCUCCACCCUCCUCAUCCUCCUCCUCUCCCUAAGUGCUACUACCCUGUCCUUCAUGAUUAUAUUUGGAGAAAGAAAGAAAAGCUCAAAAUUAAUAUGAAACGAGAAGAACCUGAGUGAUGGAGUGGAAGGCUACUGUCAUGACCGUAAAGGUUAAAGGUCAUGACCAUAGGCUGUAAAGGUCACUCUGACUGUUGUGCUCCUUCUAGGGUUGACUCAUGGGAAACGUACAGGGAGCAUCUACAGUCCUGUUAUAUCCUCUCUGCUAGGGUUGACUCAUGAGAAACGUACAGGGAGCAUCUACAGUCCUGUUAUAUCCUCUCUGCUAGGGUUGACUCAUGAGAAACGUACAGGGAGCAUCUACAGUCCUGUUAUAUCCUCUCUGCUAGGGUUGACUCAUGAGAAACGUACAGGGAGCAUCUACAGUCCUGUUAUAUCCU